AUGUCCUGGCAGCAUCCCCUCCGCCGCCGCAUCCCCUCCGCCCGCGUGUACAUGUCUGGCCACACAUCCCCUCCGCCUGCGUGUACAUGUCCGGCCACAUCCCCUCCGCCCCCACCCGCGUGUACAUGUCAGGGCCGCAUCCCCUCCUCCGCCUGCGUGUACAUGUCCGGCCGCAUCCCCUCCGCCCGCGUGUACGUGUCCGGCCGCAUCCCCUCCACCUGCGUGUACACUGUCCGGCCGCAUCCCCUCCGCCCGCGUGUUACAUGUCCGGGGCCGCAUCCCCUCCGCGCCGCGUGUACAUGUCCGCCACAUCCCCUCCGCCUGCGUGUACAUGUCCCUCCAGGCACAUCCCCUCCGCCCGCGUGUACGUGUCAGGCCGCAUCCCUCCGCCUGCUGUACAUGUCCGGCCACAUCCCCUCCGCCCGCGUGUACGUGUCCGGCCGCAUCCCCUCCGCCUGCGUGUACAUGUCCGGCCGCAUCCCCUCCGCCCGCGUGUACAUGUCCGGCCGCAUCCCCUCCGCCUGCGUGUACAUUUGUCCGGCCACCACAUCCCCCCCCUCCGCCCGCGUGUACAUGUCCUCCGCACUCCCCUCCGCCCGCGUGUACAUGUCCGGCCGCAUCCCCUCCGCCCGCGUGUAUAUGUCCGGCCGCAUCCCCUCCGCCCGCGUGUAUAUGUCCGGCCGCAUCCCCUCCGCCCGCGUGUACAUGUCCGGCCGCAUCCUCUCGCCGCCCGCGUGUAUAUGUCGGGCCCGCGUCCCCGUCCGCCCACGUGUACAUGUCCGGGCCCGCCGCAUCCCCUCCCCACCACCCGCGUGUACAUGUCCGGGCCGCAUCCCCUCCGCCGCCGCAUCCCCUCCGCCCGCGUGUACAUGA